CGGCGAUUCAUUCAAAAGGCGCGCAGCCUGCGCGGCCGCCCGUGCGCUCGCCGAGCCGGGCCCGGGUGCCGCGUCGACCCGGGAGCUGGGCUGCUGGAGCUGCCGCGGGGCGGCCAGCCCCGUCCUGGAAGCAGUGCUGGGAGGACAGCAGCUGCCUGCCUGUCCCGUCUCCGGCUGGGCCUCCCCUCGUCUGCCCCAGGCUGGCGACCCGCUAGGGCCUGAGGAUGAAGCUGAGCCCAGCGCACUGGCCCCUGUCCUGCCUCCUCGUGCUGCUUCCCUGGCCUCUGGCCACUGCAACAUCAACAACCCCUUGGCAGUGCCCACCCGGCGAGGAGCCCAACCUGGAACCAGGGCAGGGCACAUUAUGCAGGUCAUGCCCCCCAGGCACCUUCUCAGCUUCCUGGGGCUCUAGCCCGUGCCAGCCCCACUCCCGUUGCAGCCCUCGAGGGAGGCUGGAGGCCCAGGUGGGCACGGCAACGCAAGACACACUAUGUGGAAACUGCCAGCCCGGGUGGUUUGCCCCUUCAGAGGUCCCCCGUGUUCCCUGUCAGCCGUGCUCCUGGACACCCCUGGGUACUCGCGGCUGUUAUGAGCGGGCGCGACGGGCCCGCCGUGGCGUGGAGGUGGCGGCAGGGGCAAGCGGCACAGGGGAGACGCGGCAGCCUGGGAACGGCACGCGGGCAGGCAGCCCCGAGGAGACGGCCGCCCAGUACGCGGUUAUUGCCAUCGUGCCUGUCUUCUGCCUCAUGGGGCUGCUGGGCAUCCUGGUGUGUAACCUGCUCAAGCGGAAGGGCUACCACUGCACGGCCCACAAGGAGGUCGGGCCUGGCCCUGGAGGUGGAGGCAGCGGGAUCAACCCUGCCUACCGGACGGAGGACGCCAAUGAGGACACCAUUGGGGUCCUGGUGCGCCUGAUCACAGAGAAGAAAGAGAACGCGGCGGCCCUGGAGGAGCUGCUGAAGGAGUAUCACAGCAGACAGCUGGUGCAGACCAGCCACGGGCCUCUGCCCAGGCUGCCGCCCGGCCCACCCAGCAUGCCGCACGUCUGCCCGCAUGGCCACCACCUCCACACCGUGCAGGGUCUGGCCUCGCUCUCCGGCCCCUGCUGCUCCCGUUGCAGCCAGAAGAAAUGGCCCGAGGUGCUGCUGUCCCCUGAGGCUGCAGCUGCCACCACUCCUACUCCCAGACCCCUGCCCAACCCGGCCAGGGCUCCCAAGGUCGGGGCCAAGGCAGCACGCCAGGGCGAGAUCACCAUCUUGUCUGUGGGCAGGUUCCGCGUGGCCCGAAUUCCUGAGCAGCGGACGCAUUCAGUGGCCUCUGAGGUGAAGACCAUCACAGAGGCCAGGCCCUCAGGGGGUGAUCUCCCUGACUCCCCACGACCUGGCCUCCCCAGCGAGCAGCGGGCACUGCUGGGACGUGGUGGAAGCCACACUACGUGGAUGAAGUCCCCAGCAGAGAACAAGGCCGAGGAGAACCGCUAUGUGGUCCGGCUAAGUGAGAGCAACCUGGUCAUCUGAGGGGCUGUCUCUGAGGACGCUGCAGCCCUGCCCUGCGAGGUCCCGAAGGCUUCCUGGAGGAGGCAGAGCUGCAGCUGGGCCAGUGAGGAUCCAGAAUGGCCCAGCGGACAAAACCACCAAGGCCAAGGCCUGGAGGUGGGAGGCAGGCCGGCCGGCCGGCGGGUGCCUCGUGCAGGAGCAGGUUGAGAGCCCCUCCCAUCUCUGCCGCCCAUUCCCUUCCCUGCAGGAGGUCCCUGAUCCUGUGCCCUGCCCUGGCCGGAUCCUAGGCGCCCGUAGGAACCUCUGCACCACCGCGUGGCUAGGCCGUAGUGCUGGGGAGGGGCCCUCUACCUGGCACCCCUGGCCUCACGCCUUGGUGAUUAGCCACCCUUUGCCUCUGUAGAGGGGACCUCGCCCUCCUUUUCUGACAGGUCUUGUAAAGGGAGGGGUCAACAAACAGCUGUGGGCUGGGAACUGAGUUCCUGAGUUACAAUCCUGGGCAGGCCCCAGCCAUUACUGGGUCCCAGUUCUUCUGACUGUGAAGCAGGGAGAGAGUGGCAUAUCGGUGCUCAGGGCCUUCCAGCAUCUUGCAGGCUCUGGGCUGGGUCCUGUGGAUGGAGAGCUUGACUCCUUGCCACCCCUACCACUAGCAGCUUUAUCUGGCCCCAUCUUGCUGCUUCAGGGCCUCCACCUUUAAGGCUCCCACGGCUCUGCCUACAGAAGGGGCUUAAUGCAUGUGCCCACCCCUGCCGUUUUUACUGACAUUGAAAAAACAGACUUGACCUGGGCAACGCUGUGGUACAGAGCCCCAGCCUGUCCGGCCACCCCCAAGAUCUCAGGCACUUCGGAGGGAAGGGGGUGUGUGAUGGGGCUGGAGAGGGGCCUCUGGCCUCGGUGGUUUCUGUGUCCCUGUGGUGUUGGUGUGUCUGUCCCCUGGCCUGGGCCGUGCAGGCGACGGCCCAGCCCGUCUCCACUCUGGCUCAGCAGCCUUGUUAUUUAUGUGGGGCUGUGCAGGCAUGGCCCACUGCUGUCCCCGUUUAUUUAUUGAAACUUUGCUAUUGUCCCAUCCUUGUGUCUCCAUGUUCAUCCAUUUGUUGAAUAAUAAAAGGUGGCAAAGUAGUGUCAUUAGAAGCUUCUUUUCCCUGUGUCUCUUCUCAGGUCUGCCCAUUCACUGAAUAGUUCUGUGUCGGGCUCCGUGUGUGGGACAGGCCAGCCCUCUGCUGGCAGUGCCUGCAGUGUGGCAGGUGGACCCUGGGCAGCAGGUGACGUGGGGCCGGAGGAGGCCUCUCAGGUCAUCUGGUUCUCACUGAAGGCCCUAGAGGCAAUGCUGUCCAACAGAAAUAAAGUGUGUGCCACGUAUGGAAUCAAAAUUUUUCUA